AUGGAAAACAGCCACGUGCAGUUAAUAGAGUGGAUCACCUCCAACGGUGGAUAUAUCUCGCCCAAGUUGGAAAUCCGAGAACUCCCUGGCCGAGGAAGAGGUCUUGUGGUAAAUGAUCGUGUAUACCCCAAUGAGCGUCUGAUUCACCUAAAGCUUCGCCAGCUGCUCAAUUACUCUUCGAUCCAUAACGCAAUGGUAGACGGCGGCCACCUGUCAGAAACAGAGUACCGUAGCAUGUCGGCCCAUCAGGUGUUAGCUCUAUUCCUUGUGAUCCAGCAGAGCUUAGGGUCCAAAAGUGACUGGAAGGCUUUCAUGGGGCUGUUGCCAGACAGAAAAGAAGGCUUCCUGGAUGUGCCAUUGCAAUGGUCCAAGGAGGAUCAGGACUCGCUGACUCCGGAGGGCAUUGUGGUGUUGAAAAAGACACUGGACACGUUCGAGGCAGACUACGACAAGACCAAGACGUUUGUGGCCAAGUACGACUCGGAUCCGAGAGACGCCUAUCUCUGGGCAUGGCUCUGUGUGAACUCUCGUUGUCUAUACUUUGAUCUUACGUUGACUACGGGUAAAAAAGACGCGCAGGAAGUGCCUGAUAACAUUACAUUGGCUCCGUAUGUUGAUCUAAUCAAUCACUCGGUAGAGUCAGGACCCACCCACUGCCAACUCAAGACUAGCUCCAUUGGCUUUGAGAUUCUUUGCGGCCAGAGAGGAUAUACGGCGGACGAAGAAAUCUUCUUAUGCUACGGACCCCGAUCAAACUCAGUGCUUUUGUGCGAGUACGGUUUCACCGUUCCUGAAAACCCAUGGGAUGAUGUCGAUAUCAGCGAUGCAUUGGAGAACACCUUCUUGACCAAACAGCAUGAGACUGUUCUCAGGGAGAUGGGCUAUUACGGCGAGUACACCCUGUUGCCAGAUUCUAUAUCGUUCCGUACCCAGGUUGCAUUUGCAGCUAUCCACUUUCUCCAGUCAGCCGAACCCGCUAAUGCACGACUGCUAAAGCUCUUUGUGGAUGGAAAACUAGGCACACAGCGUUUCCAGAACACCAUGAAGGCAGGCUUGAGGGAUAUUCUUACUACUUCAGCCCAGGAGACAGAGGCUAUUCUUGCGUCUUCUGCCAAACUACGAUCCUGUGUGGAAAUUUUGCAUCAGAGUCGGUUGAAGAUUAUCCAGUCGCUACUGGCGGACUUAACAUCAAUUGUCGGGGCUACUUAG